ACUCUGUUCACUUCACUGCAACUAAAAUUGAAAGUGUAGCGCUCUAUACUAUUCCACACACAUUCCUCGCGUCUUUUUAACUUUUUUUUUCCCUAUUCGAUUCAUUCUUUAGGGUUUUUUGCGCUUUCGAUUUCGUUGCCUGUAAAUGCUUCCUCAAUGUACGGACAAUCUCAGCCUAUGAACAUUCCACCUCAGAUCGCCGGCUCCGGCGCUGACGUCGACGACGAUGUUUCAGCCUCCGUAUCCGUCGAUAACCACCACAUCGUUACUUACGAGGCUCCCUCCCUCGACGACGGUGGUGGAGUAGACGACGUAGCCACCAAUCCUUUCUACGCCACUGCCGCCGCUACUUCCGCCUCUGGCUUGGAUGUUGUUCCACGAGGCGAUUGUGCCAGCCAACUCACUCUAUCGUUUCGUGGUCAGGUCUAUGUGUUUGAUGCUAUUACUCCUGAGAAGUUUCAUGCAGUGUUGUUACUGUUGGGUGGAUGUGAACUGACUUCAGGCCCCCAUGGUGUUGAAAUGUCAUCUCAGAACCUAAGGGUUGGAAUGGACUUUCCGAGAUCUAAUCAACCGCACAGAGCAGCGUCGCUAGACAGGUUUCGCAAGAAGAGAAAAGAACGAUGCUUUGAUAAGAAAGUUAGAUAUGGUGUUCGCCAGGAAGUUGCUCUUAGGAUGCAGCGUAAUAAGGGUCAAUUUACAUCUUCCAGAAAAUCUGAUGGUGAUUAUGGCAGUUGUAGUCAGGAUGAUGAUAACCUAGCAGAUACUGUUUGCACGCACUGUGGCAUUAGCUCAAAGGCCACCCCUAUGAUGCGACGUGGCCCAUCUGGUCCAAGGUCCCUAUGCAAUGCUUGUGGACUUUUCUGGGCAAACAAGGGUACUUUGAGAGAUAUUCCCAAGAAAACUCAUGAACAUUCCCCGACUCCAGUUGAGCAGGGAGAAAGCGAACCAAAUGACUCGGAUUCUGCAACUGCUAUUCCUACAGAAAGCAACGUAGUACCUUUCUCAAACGGGGAUGACUCGGCUCUAAUCGGCAUUGCCGAGCACUAAUCAUCCAUGCCAAUAUUUGCCAAUGUGUCAGUCAGCUAGAUCUUUCAUUAGUAAUUUCUUUAAAACUUGUCCUACGUGUACAGAUAUCAUAGUUGCCUUGAUCAAAUAUACGAGGUUUCUCCUCCUAUUCCUUGAGUGAGUACCUUUUGCAUUAAUUAAAACUCUUUUUUAAGAGAAAAGCUACUUGAGAUGUAUCACUUGAAGCUUCAACAACUAUCCUUUUUCAUAUGCCAUAA